GUCCUGGGGCACGGUCCUAGGGCUCAAUACCAGAGUUUGGACUAGCGCCACCUAACGCUACCUACCUGUUUGAUUUCUAUUUGUUUUUACAAAUUAAUAAUUGGAGUAAAAUAUUGAUAUAAUAUAUGUGACGGUAUGAAUCACUACUGGUUUCCUACUGCAGGGUGGACUCCAGCAACCUUUGUUUCAUCCAGACAGCAGAAAGCAGGCAGACAGAAUGCCAGGCCAGAGGACUUCAUGGAUGAGGAGGAUCUGGGGGACCACGGCAUCGCCCCCAGACAAAUCACCACUACAGCUGACUUCGCCUCCGGCAGGAAGGAUGUGAUCAGAGACAAGGCCAGAGCCAUCACCUCUCUUUCAGCCCCUAUCCCAGGGGACUCUGUGCUGGAAGACUUGGUGGCUCCAGCUAGGUCCUCCAUGGGGGUGGAGUUACUGAGGAAGAUGGGCUGGAAGGACGGCCAGGGGGUUGGGCCCAGGGUGAAGAGGAGGCUGUGUAAGCAGAGAGCAGAUUCUGCAACAAGGGCGUUCGGCUCGGCCUCGCCUCCCAACGGUUCAUCGGGAUCACAGGAUGAGGAGGACGGAGAGUUCGUCCCUGAGAACGUGACCUUCGCUCCUAAAGACGUGACUCCUAUAGACUUCACCCCUAAAGUGGACCUCCACGGCCUGGGCUACCGGGGUCUGAACCCCCUGGCGGCCCUGAGGGGGGGUCCGGGCGCGGGUCACAUCAACCUGUUCACUAUGGACUCAGACAGGACCAACAGCCUGUUUGGAGAGGACAGGAAGGGACGAAGACGCAGAGGAGGAGUGGCAGGACAGGGGUUUGGUGUGGGUGCGAUGGAGGACGAUGACGAGGACAUCUACCACAGAGACAUCAUGUCUAACUACGACACGGUGCUGGGAGGGGAGGAGCCUGGCGACGGACUGUACGGAUGGACCGCCCCCCAGCAGUACAACAGGAAGAAGAAAGACCACAGUAAAGACGCUGCUUAUCUGGGUAAAAUCCUAGAAGGAUUCACCCUGGCCUCCGAUAAGCUGGAGACCAAAACAAUCUUCCCUCCUCCCAACCUGCCCAGAGACUUCAGGCCGGUCCACUACUUCCGUCCAGUGGUGGACCUGUCCAGCGUCAGCCCCAUGGUAGCCCAGGCCCUGCAGACGUCUCGAGGCCACAUGGCCCAGGAAGAGCCCUCUAAGGGGGGUCGUCACCAGCUGGACUCUGCCCAGAGGAGGGAGCUGCUGGGGGAGGCUACACUGCAAGGCCCCAGCUCUGUGUUUGACCUGUCUGAAGGUGUCCAGUGUCAGAUUGUAGUCCAGUGUCUUGGAGGCCCUCCUCAGACACCAGCUCAGGCCCCAGACAGCCUACCCUUGGGAGGCCAGUGUCUUGCCGUUGUGGCUGCAGUGUCUUGCGGCUUGCAGCCAGUGUCUUGCCCAUUGAAGAUCACCGAGUCUCUGUUGAAUCCAUCCAGGUUCGCCCCCCACGCAGAGCAGCAGCAGCAGGAGGCUCUGAGUGUGUGGAGUGGCCCUACGGCGCAGGCCCAGACAGGACAGACCUUCAGACCCUUUGAGAGGACCCCUCAUAAACAGGCCCGAUACGACCUCUACAUAGACCAGCUCAAACAGGGUGACCGAGAUGCCCUGGAGUUGAGCUUGGACCCCACCAUGACAGAGUGGGAGAGAGGGAGAGAGAGGGAUGAGUUUGUCCGUGCUGCUCUCCUCUACAAGCCCAGCAGCUCCUCUCUGUCCUGUCGCUUCACCAGAGGGAAACAGGAUGACAGUGUGGAGGCAGACACUGUGGAGGUGACACGAGAUCAGGAGAAUGAUGUGGAUGACAAGCAGGCAGCCGUGAAGAUGAAGAUGUUUGGAAAACUGACCAGAGACACGUUUGAAUGGCACCCUGACAAUCUCCUCUGUAAGAGGUUUAACAUACCUGACCCCUAUCCUGGGUCAGGGUUUGUGGGAAUGCCCAAAGUGAAGAGAGACAAGUUCUCUGUGUUUAACUUCCUGACUGUAUCAGAGAGUCCAUCAGCGAGUGCUUCCCCCGCUCCACAAGGUGUGAAGCCCUCUGAGCCAGGGAAGAGGUCCAGGUGGGAUGUGUCUGGCCAGGCUGGGGACAAGGAGAGGAAGGGGAAGGAUCCGGUCAGUGAGUUCCUCAGUGUGGCUCGUAUUGAAGCCUCUGGGUCAGGACCAGAAGCCUCUACUACUGAUGGCCCUACAACGGAUCCUACUGUAGAGCCAGACACGGAGCAGAAAGAGGAGGAGGAGGAGGAGGAGGAGAGCAGGCCGUCUAUGGAUCUGUUCAAGGCCAUCUUCGCCAGUUCAUCAGACGAGAAGUCUUCCUCUUCUUCUGAAGGAGAGAGUGAGGAGGAGGAGGAGAAAGAGGAAGGUGUUCGGAGCAAGGCUGGGACUGGGCCUCAGAUAUCUAAUCAGUUGAAUGUCAACACAACCCAGCCUGCUCCUCCUGUGUCGACUACACCCAGCCAGCACCCAGGUAUGAACACUGGUCCUCCUGUGUCGACUACACCCAGCCAGCACCCAGGUAUGAACACUGGUCCUCCUGUGUCGACUACACCCAGCCAGCACCCAGGUAUAAACACUGGUCCUCCUGUGUCGACUACACCCAGCCAGCACCCAGGUAUGAACACUGGUCCUCCUGUGUCGACUACACCCAGGUAUGAACACUGGUCCUCCUGUGUCGACUACACCCAGCCAGCACCCAGGUAUGAACACUGGUCCUCCUGUGUCGACUACACCCAGCCAGCACCCAGACUUUGUGUUCAAAACACCCAGUGGUCCUGCUGCUGCCCCUCCCCUCGGGACCAGGAAAUGGAAGAGGAGGAGUUUGGACCUCGGCUGCCUCCUCCUUCCUCUACAUUGACAGCAGAGCGCCGUCCGUCCCUGACUCCCUCUGCUAAGGACGACAAACACAAGAAGAAGUGUAAGGAGAAGCACAAAGCCAAGAAACACGGCAAGCACAAGAAGGACAAGAAGCAGAAGAAGAAGCACAAGAGGCACAAGCACAAAGGCAAGCAGAAGAAGAGCAGUAAGAAGGAGGAGUCAUCAGACAGCAGCUCAGAGGGGAGUGACGGCAACAGCCAGGAGGACGGAGAGGAGGGGGGAGGCGUUUCAACAGAAGAGCUGCUCAGAAGGUUGAAGAGCAUCCGUGGGGAGAAGCUGCAGUGAAUCUGUGAUCCGACAGACAACAGGAUGUCCUCUAUGAGGACAGGAACCAUUCUGUAUGAAUUCCAAUAGCCCUGUAGUUAUAUGCUGAUGAAAGAGGGUCUUACUUUAUAUUUUAAAUUGUAAUUCUCAUGGGAUGUGAGGUUUUUUUUGUUGCUGAUCGAUGUCUCGGGCUGAUAUUUUGGAGAGGUCUUGAAUUGUUGCUAUCGUCUGUUAAUCAAUAAAAAAGGAGAUUUCUUGUUGUUGUAA